UUCUGCAUGACGAAAACAAAUUGAGUUAAUCAACGCUGAAGCUCUGCGCUUCCACCUAGAAUCAAAAUUAUAAAACACAGAAAUGCCAAAAAAUUAGAUUCAGUUGGAAUCGUGAUUGCAACCGCUACACAUCGCAGAAUCUUUUCAGUUGACAUCAUCAGCGAUGGAACGUUGGUCGGGAAAAGUAGCCAUCGUAACCGGCGCUAGUUCGGGAAUCGGUGCCGCAACCGCGAAAGAUUUGGUCAAAGCAGGAAUGGUGGUCGUUGGACUGGCACGCCGUGUGGACCGUGUCGAAGCACUGAAGACUGACUUGCCCGCAUCGGCGGCCGAUCGUCUCCAUGCCGUCAAGUGCGAUGUGUCCAAGGAGGAAGACAUUCUGCAGGUGUUCAAGUGGGUAGAGGAGAAGUUCGGAGGUGUUGAUGUUUUGAUCAAUAAUGCUGGAAUCGUACGGCAAACGGAUUUGAUAGAUGCCGAUAACACCAAAAUGCUGCGAGAAGUGUUGGAUACGAACGUGCUGGGACUGGUGCUGUGCAGUCGGGAGGCUUAUCAAUCGAUGAAGAAACGGUCGGUCGAUGGCCACAUUGUGCAUAUCAACAGCGUCCUUGGUCACACAGUGCUCAACUUCCCACAUUUGAAUGUUUAUCCUGCUUCCAAGCAUGCUGUUACUGCCAUUACCGAAACUAUGCGGAACGAGCUGAGAACUGCUGGGACCAAGAUUAAAAUAACGAGUAUCAGCCCUGGUGUGGUGCGCACAGAAAUUGUACCGGAAUCUUUCAUAGAACAAGGUCACCCAAUGUUAGAAUCGGAAGACAUUUCCGAAGCCGUUUUAUAUGUGCUUGGAACGCCACCACGAGUGCAAAUCCAUGAAGUCAUAAUCAAACCAGUUGGUGAAACGUUCUAGAUUCUAUAUUGUGUAGAUUGAAAAAUGAAACUUAAAUUUACGUUCAUCAUCAUCGUGUAGAUUCAAAUUCUUGCAUAUUUAGCCGGCUUAGUUUUUG